GUGUCCCAGGACACCGCGGACAUCCCGGCAAAACGGAGCGCGGUACAUCCCGUGGCCAGCGAGCCCCCCCUCCCCCAGCCGCCGCCGCUGUGAUGGCCGAGGGGUGAAGGCGUUGGACUUGAAAUCCAAUAGGGAUUCCCUGCGCAGGUUCGAAUCCUGCUCACAGCGAUGGAUUUUAGCCGGCAUCCAUGGUGGGCGUUAUAGUGCAGUUGCAGUGACUUGUCUGUACCUUGUGGUAACUACAGCAUCUUGCUGGUCGCAGCAGAUUUUUUUCCUUGACUAAUUGGUGCUGAUCGAUUCAGUUAAUGAGAAACUCUGCCUUGGGAAAGAGGCAACGUGCUGGCUGCUGAGAGGCUUUCGCUCUUCAGCGGGACGGGAAAGGGCAGGAAACCCCCAGGGUGUGAAGAGCCGAGCCAGGGGCUGAGAGCUGCAAGCAGACCGUGGGACCAUGGCCAAGCUGGUGGAAUGCGUCCCCAACUUCUCAGAGGGGAAUAACAAAGAGGUGAUCGAUGCAGUGGCACAGGCCAUCUCCCGGACACUGGGAUGUGUGCUGCUGGACGUGGAUGCCGGCGCCUCCACCAACCGCACCGUCUACACCUUUGUGGGGUCCCCUGAGGCUGUGGUGGAAGGGGCAUUGAGCGCAGCCCGUGUGGCUGGGCAGCUCAUUGACAUGAGCCAACACUCGGGUGAGCACCCUCGGAUGGGGGCCUUAGAUGUCUGCCCCUUUGUGCCAGUGAGGAAUGUCAGCAUGGAGGAGUGUGUCACUUGCGCUCACAUCUUCGGGCAGCGCUUGGCAGAAGAGCUGGGUGUACCUGUUUACCUGUACGGAGCAGCAGCACGGCACGAGAGCAGGAAAGCCUUGCCCUCCAUCCGUGCCGGGGAGUAUGAGGCACUCCCUGAGAAGCUUGCAAAACCAGAGUGGGCUCCUGAUUUUGGGCCCCCAACUUUUGUCCCCCGGUGGGGAGCCACAGUGACGGGUGCCCGGACCUUCCUUAUUGCAUACAACAUCAAUCUGCUGUGCACCAAGGAGCAGGCUCACCGCAUUGCCCUCAACAUCCGUGAGCAGGGCCGCGGCCCCAGCCAGCCCGGGCGCUUGAAGAAGGUGCAGGGCAUCGGCUGGUAUUUGGAGGAGGAGAACAUGGCCCAGGUUUCGACGAACCUGCUGGACUUUGAGACCACACCGCUCCACACCAUCUACGAGGAGAUUUGCCGAGAUGCACAGGAAUUGAAUCUCCCUGUGGUGGGGUCUCAGCUGGUAGGACUUGUUCCCAAGAAGGCCAUGCUGGAUGCAGCUGACUUUUACAUCAAGAAGGAAAAACUCUUCAUCCUGGAGGAGGAACAGAAGAUCAGGCUGGUGGUCAGUCGUCUGGGCCUGGACUCCCUGUCUCCAUUUCACCCCCGGGAGCGCAUCAUUGAGUACUUGGUGGAGGCAGGAGAGGUGGAUGGGGGGCUGGUGGCCAAGCCACUGGGUGCCUUUGUGCGAGCCGUCGGAGCAAGGUCAGCAGCACCGGGAGGAGGCUCCGUGUCUGCAGCUGUGGGAGCCCUGGGAGCAGCGCUGGGCAGCAUGGUGGGGCUGAUGAGCUACGGGAAGCGGCAGUUUGAGGACCUGGACCCCAUCAUGAGGAAGCUGGUCCCCCCUUUCCACCAGGCCAUGGAGGAACUGGUGGCAAUGGUGGAUGCUGACUCCCGUGCCUUCAGCAGCUACAUGGAAGCCAUGAAGCUGCCCAAGAACACCCUUGAGGAGCAGGAGAGGGCUGUCACCCCUCCCAGGCGCACAGCUGCCAUGCAGCAGGGGCUGAAGAUGGCCAUAGGGGUGCCCUAUGGCCUGGCAGAGAAGGUGAACGGGCUCUGGCCUGCUCUGAAGGAACUGGCACGACACUGCAACCUGGCCUGCAAAUCUGACAUCCAGGUGGGAGCCAAAAUGCUGGAAGCGGCAGUGUUCGGAGCUUACUUCAAUGUCAUGAUCAACCUCAAGGACAUCACAGACGAGAAGUUCAAGCUUGUGAUGUCACAGAAGGUGUCUGGGCUGCUGGAAGAGGCGAAGCAAGGCUCGGCGGUCGUGCUGGCACUGCUGGACAAGCGGGUGGCCUGAGAAGGGCUUGGGAGUGCUCUGGGUGUUCUGGAGUGGCGAAUGCAGCUGGGAAAUACUCUUGUCCUUGCCUAGUCUCGGUAUCACCCCUGCCUGCCGCACCCGUGCUCAAAGGGGCAGGGCCCUGCUAUUUAAAGAAUGCCCUAGAGCCUGGAGAGCCAUGCCAAGGACAGGAAUCCCGAGUGCUGCCAGCAUUGCUGCCAGCAUUGCUUCUUCUGAGAACUCUUUCACAGGUUUGCUUGGAGACCACUGAGGAUGUGUGACCCCAACAAAGGCCUGCCACAGCCGCACCUUGCCGUGUGCCCUCCCGCCCCUCCAGGAUACCCCGGUCCUGGCACAGGUUCCUGCCCUGGCAACAUGGCAGUCUGCCCCCCAUACCCUGCUCCGCCUGGCCAGCACCCCCACGGGCACCCCCCAUUGGGGCAUCAUCCUCACGGGCACCAGGAGCACCAUAAGGAGCACCAUAAGGAGCACCAUAAGAAGCACCAUAAGAAGCACCAUAAGAAGAAGCACUGCAAGAACCAUGAAGGCAAGCCCUCUGAUGGCUCACACAGGUCAAGCAGCAGCUCAAGCAGCAGCUCUGACUCUGACUAAAGGUCUGGCAUGUCCCACCUGCUCCGUGGUGAUCAGCAAAACAUGAGGCCAAACUCCUCAUGGGAACGCCCUGCAUGUCACUCCUCUCCCUCCCCCUUUCCCUGGAGCAGUGAUUUCACAGCCUGCUGAGUGAUUUUUUCUUGUGUGCAAGAGCUUGUAAAUAAUUUGACCUGGAAUCUUUGAGUUAAUGUACAACAUUUCCACCCUCUGUCUUCCGGGAGAGCCUGCUGAAAGUCAUCACAUGCUGUUUACCAA